CUCUCCCCCCCUACACCUUACCUCGCUCGGUCUAGCUGAGUUCUCACGAAUACGCAGAGGAAUGGCUGCUGGCCUUCAGGGACGACGAUACCAGCACAGGAAUGGCCGGACGAAGCUUGAUUUUGCGACGGCUACAAGUCAGUGGACGAUCAGCUGCUGGGCCUUCGGGCUCCUGACGCUGUGCCUUUUUUCCCGGGGAAGCACGUCAACAUCCGCCGAGAAGGAUGUGGUGAACGCUCGACCAAAAUCAAGAGAGCUUUCCACUUACUAUUCAUCCUACUACAGCACCUACGACGAGCGGGAGUACCUCUACGAUCGGUAUCUCGAUGAUUGCGCAUUUGCCUCUGAUUUGUUCGACUGCUUUUGCCACCCGGAAGAUUUUUCCGAUGGAGAAUGCAACUAUUUGAACAACUACGAGCUCUGCAACUACGACGGUGGGGAUUGCUGUGAAGAAACAUGUAUCGAUAGCACUUACAAAUGCGGAAUCUCGGGAUACGACUGCUGGGAUCCAGACCAGGAGCGAAAGACGACCGAAGUAUCACCGGACUAUACCUAUCUCUGCAAUGAUAUCUGGUUAUCAGAUGGACACUGCGAUGACGACAACAACGUGGAAGAAUGCUCUUUCGACGGCGGAGAUUGUUGCGUGGACUCAUGUGUGGAUGCGAAGUACACCUGCGGUGUCACUUACAGAGACCAAUGCGACCCUCAGUCUUCGGACUGCAAUCUUCGGUUGAUUUGUUUGGACCCUGUCUACAAAACGCCCGCGCCGACGCCGACCCUCUUCAAUCGCACUUGCCCCGUUGAAGAUAUUGGAAAUGGUCGGUGCGACGACGAGUAUAACAACGAAUUCUGUCUUUUCGAUGGUGGCGAUUGUUGUGCACCAAGCUGUCUUGGAGAAUCUUGCGGGGCAUAUGAGUACGACUGCAAAGAUCCCAACACUCCGGAGUACGGCCUUGAGUGCAACAUGGAUUACGUGGGUGAUGGCGAGUGCGACAGCGUUACGAAUUCCCAAGAGUGCCAGUACGAUGGAGGAGACUGCUGCGAACUGACGUGCAAGGACUCUGUUUAUAUGUGUGGAGUAAAUUUUUUUAACUGCACGGGUCCUUUGCCAUACAACGCCGCCACAGCGUUGAGCAUUCUUGGCUGCUCUGGUUCAUGGCUCCGGUAUAUUUUGACGGUGAUGGUCGCUUCGGUGGGGUGGGAGAUUUGGUGAGAAGGGAUUUCUUUGCGCGUCUCCAGGUGUGUGGCUGUGCGGUACGUUUCGUCAGCAAUUCUUCGGCUUUUCUUGCUUAGAUAUUAUUUUGUCUCACAGAUAAUGUUUGCGUGUCUUUCGGAACAGGUUUCGUCAGUUCCGGCGGCGUCUCGGCAAGGAGGAGUUUUGUCGAGGCUUGGGUACGCGUGUUGGGAAAGAGGCAAUUUUUGGCAGUGGGAUGUCUUGAGUCGGUGCUGGCCUUCAAGCAACUUCCAGACGUCGAUUGACAAAGGGUGCCCUAUUGGAACUAAAUACCUCGUUUCUCCGGGGAUAUACAUACGUAGGUGUCGGUUGGUGGCUUAAAUAUAGUGCCCAAAUUAGAGUUGACGUCUGCUUCGCGCUACGUUUUGAAGCAUCUCAAAGGGAAUUCACGGCGAGGUGUGCGAUGUCUUGGCUUAGCCAAACUUUCGGCGGCACACCAUCUUCCUGCCUGGAAAACAGCCGUUUGUCCGAGGAUUUUGUCGGGUCCAGCGAUAGUUUUCGUGGAGUGCACAUAUUUUUCAUGGGUCGGGUGUCCUGAUGAGAGAAGCAGAGAGAUUUGGGUGGGAGUAUGCACAAGCGGCGAGGGCGGGGAUUGGUGAGAUAAAUCGACGAGAUUAUUCACUAAGAAACCCGCCGCAGCACCUAUUACUAGUCGUAUUUUUCUCUUAUAGCGAGCUUCUUGCAUAUAUUUCUGGCCCUCUGUGGUGUGAUGUGUCAUGUAUGCACAUACAUAUAUUAGGUGUCUCGAAAUGCCUCGUUUUUCUUGUUCUAUUCUGGGCUAUCAACAACCAUCUCUGUAUUAUUAUUGUCAUCUCUGUAUCGUCACCAAAUACCAACACCUGUACUU